AGAGGGGGCUGCGGCUGAGGUCGCGCAAGCGCUCCGACUGCUUGGUAUCAGGUUUGUGCGCGCUGCGGCGGCGGAGGUGGUUCUGAGGCGAGCAGGAACAUGGCGGUGCAGAAGGCUGUUUGCGUCAUGGCUGGCGACUCCCCCGUCAAAGGCGUCAUUUUCUUCGAGCAGAAGGGUAACGGACCUGUAACUGUUUCAGGAAGUAUUAGUGGGUUAACUCCAGGAAAACAUGGGUUCCACGUCCAUGAAUUUGGAGACAACACAAACGGAUGUACCAGUGCAGGCCCUCACUUCAAUCCUGAGGGGAAAAUGCAUGGUGGACCAGAAGAUGAAGAAAGGCAUGUUGGUGAUCUUGGAAAUGUGACUGCAGAUGGUUCAGGUGUAGCAACAGUAUCAAUACAGGACCAUAUUAUUUCUCUCUCGGGGCCACAUUGCAUUAUCGGGCGUACUAUGGUGGUUCAUGAAAAAGUUGAUGAUCUGGGUAGAGGAGGAAAUGAAGAGAGCAAGAAAACUGGAAAUGCUGGUGCUCGUCUAGCUUGUGGUGUGAUUGGACUGGCCAAGGCUUAAGAUCUUUGACAGUGGCACUGUAUACCAAAACCUACAUGCAGAAUGUAAAUGUACCUAUAGAACUAGCAAUUAUUUGGCUUUGUUUAGGAUAAAAAGCAACUGUUUAAUCUUACGGCUCUGUUAAUUGGGGUUUAAACCAAUAAGUUGUCUUAUUUUGUAUACCUUGUAAUUAAAGUGGCAGUAGAACAUUAGUUCAAGAAUUUUUGCCUUGAUGGACCAAAGCACCGGCAGUUCACUUUGAUAGAGGUGGUAAAGUCCUCUGCCGAUUUCAUCUUCUAAUCACAUCUGGACAACUGCAAUUACCUGAUGGUGGCAUAAACAAGCUAGCUUGUGAGAACCCUAGUCCUGUAUGCUUUGCUCUAAAUAUGGUAUAAACCUAGUGAGUUCUCACAUCAGCGUUUCCAAUGGGGAGGGGUGACUUCUCAUCGAUUCCAGUACAUCAGAUAAGUGUAGAUAAACCCAAUCAUUAAAUGAAAAAUUGCUUCUGAA